AUGGGGAGCCCACCAGCCAAGAUGAAGUUUUGCCCCAUCCACAUGCUUUCUGUAAGAAUCAUACAAGCUAAGAACAUCAAGUCAAGAGACCUGUGGACAGUUCCACUUUCGUGCCAAAACCUUGCGGGGCAAUGUUAUUCACUGCUUGAUACCAGUCUGAAGUAUUUAGGCAUCUCGGGCUGCAGUGGAAAUCUUCCGUCAAGUCCUGGCUCCAGCUCUGAAAGACAUCACCUGGGAGAUUUCCUUUCACACCGUUGCCCAGCCUCACAAAUGACGGCAUCAGACUGCUAUGUACGCUUGUGGCUGCCAUCUGCUUCACCUGGAAAGCUUCAGACCAAAACCAUCAGGAAUUCUGACAACCCUGUCUGGAAUGAGACUUUCUACUUUAGGAUCCAGAGAGAAGUUGAGAAUAUUUUAGAAUUGGCAGUGUGUGAUGAAGAUGCACUCACCAAAGAUGAUAUGCAGUUCACAGUUCUUUUUAAUGUUGCUAGAAUCAGACCUGGGGAGACAAUCCGCGAGACUUUUGCUUUGAAAUCAGAGACAGAGAGGUGCUCUAAGAAAUGGGAAAGUUUGGAAGUGGAAUUCUGGAUGGAAAGAGUUCCUGGCCCUCCAGAGCAUCUCAUUACCAAUGAUGUCCUAGUGUCUCGUGAGGUUUGCUGCUUGGAAGUGCAUGUGGACAUUAAUGAAAGCAGGAAGUACUUGAAAGAGGGUAAAAAUCUCGUGCUUACGGUGCCUGCAUCCCAUGAGAGAACCCAGAAGACGACAGAGGACACCGAUACUUUCUACUUCCACUGCGUGAAGGCUUGGGAGCCAGUUCUAAAAGUCAGGCUGCAGAAAGUUUCUGAUAAGGAAGAUGACAACAGCAAUUUAAGUGACACCUUAACGGUACCACUGAAAUUUCUCCCUGUUGGACAUAAAGUGAGAGUAACCCUUCCCGUAAGACAUAAUGUGCCACUACAGUUGUACCUCCAACUAAAUGCUUGCUCAGAAAAACUAGAUGUGCGCUUAGGGUAUGAUCUGUGCCAAGGAGAGCAGGAGUUCCUGCAUAAGAGGAAGAGAGUCGUUGCUGGUGCCCUGAAAAGGGUUCUUCACCUGGAAAGAGAUCUACAUGGACAUGAGGUCCCAGUAAUAGCUGUUAUGGCAACAGGUGGAGGUCUCAGAGCAAUGUCAGCUAUGUUUGGCCACCUCUUAGCUCUUCAGAAGCUAAAUCUGUUGGACUGUGUCACCUACCUCACCGGGGCUUCUGGCUCUACAUGGACCCUAGCAGACCUGUAUGAGCAUGCUGACUGGUCACAGAAGUCUCUGGAGGAGCCACUUAAAGCAGUAAAAGAACAAGUGACAAAAUGCAAACUCAACCUUAUGUCUAUAGACCAUCUGAAGUAUUAUCACAAGGAACUUGCUGAAAGGGCAAAAGCAGGACAUGUGCCAUCUUUUACAACUCUGUGGUCACUUGUUCAGGAGAUGUUCUUACAUGAACGGCCAAGAAAGUACAAACUCACAGACCAGCGCAAGGCACUGGAGCAUGGACAAAACCCACUGCCUUUCUAUGCAGUCCUCAAUGUGAAAGAGGAGAAGUUUGGUACUUUCAAAUUUAGAGAGUGGGCAAAUUUCUCUCCUUAUGAAGUGGCCAUACCAAAAUACGGAGUCUCCAUUCCUUCAGAAUAUUUUGACAGCGAGUUCUUCAUGGGAAGGAGAGUGAAGAAGCUGCCAGAAUCUCGGAUCUGCUAUCUGGAAGGUCUUUGGACAAACAUCUUUACUAGGAAUUUGCUGGAUGGCUUGUACUGGUCCUCAAAUUCAAAUGAAUUCUGGGAACGCUGGUCCCAAGAUAUGGUAGAUAUAGAAAAACAUUCUCCUGAGGAAGACGUUACUGUUAUUGAGCCUCCAUCUUGCUUGUCAGGAAAGUUGUAUGAAAUGUUUCAGGACAUUAUGACCAAGCGUCCACUGCUGGGAAAGUCUCAUAACUUCAUUAGAGGCUUAGAGUUUCACAAGGAUUAUAUCCAUCAGAAAAAAUUUAUUGAAUGGAAAGACACUGUGCUGGAUGGUUUCCCUAACAAUCUGACACCGCUGCAGAAGUAUCUUUGUCUGAUAGAUGUUGGCUAUUUCAUCAACACCAGUGGUGCAGCACUUUUCAAGCCAGAGAGGAAUGUAGAUGUCAUUAUAUCCCUUGAUUAUGGUUUGGGACACGUGUUCAAGCAAUUAGAGAUGACAUACAAAUAUUGCAAGAUACAAAAUAUCCCAUUCCCCAAAGUGGAGCUAAGUCCAGAAGAAGAGAAGAACCCAAAGGAAUGUUAUAUAUUUGCGGAUGCAGAGGACCCCAGAGCACCUAUAGUAAUCCAUUUUCCCUUGGUGAAUGACACCUUUAAGGAAUUCAAGGAGCCAGGAGUGAAGCGUGGUCACUCGGAGAUGGAAGAAGGCAAAGUAAAUCUGGAGAACAACUGCUCACCGUACUACCUCAUUAGGCUAAUUUAUUCCUCUGAAAAUUUUGAUAAACUUGUGAACCUGAGCAAAUACAACAUCCUCAAUAACAAAGACCUGCUCCUCCAGGCGAUCAGGAGUGCUGUAGAACGAAGGAGAAGCAGAAGGACUGGGAAUUUCCCCAGCUACUCUGGAUACCCCUAA